CAGCCCAAAAGCAGUCCAGGACUUUUAUAAGCAAGUAGUAGUAGUAGUAGUAGUAGUAGUAGUAGCAGCAGUAGCAGUAGUAGUACGUCCACCACUACUGCUGCAUUGCUAGCAUGAAAGUAGUGUUGCUGUGGGCAGUCCACCGUGUGUUCUUUCAUGUAAACGUCGUGUGGAAGUUGAAAGUUGAACCCAACACACCCAAGCACACAUUCCAAACACGCACACGUACACGCACGAACACGCAGGAGCCGAAAGCUAAGCAGCUGACAAGUUCGCUAGCGACCAGGAAACGUCUUCUCUCGUUCUUCUUUCGUUGUCUACUAACUUUGUACAUGACCGGAAACACGGCUCGGCAGAUCCAUGGCUAGCUAGCUGGACUGGAGAUCGCUCGGUUACCCAGCUAGGGAAGUAGAGACUAGUAGUAGACUUUUACCUGUCAUGGCGGUCCGAGAGGAAGUACCAGUGGAAACAUGCCGAGUUGGUUCUGUGUGUUCCUGAAGGGUGAGUCCAAACUCACUGGAACAGGUUCCUUUCUUUUGGCCCCGCCCACUCCGACCUGCUCGUCUCAGCUUGCCUCAGCCCCGCCCUCCUCGCGUCAGGCCGCCACAGACCACUUCCUGCUUCCUGCUGUGACGUCAUCGCGCGGCGCCAACAGCGCUCCCUGGCCGCACAGUGCUGCUACUGCAACACCCACGUGACGCUAGCGGUUCCAAGCAAGACCAGGACGGGCGAAGAUCGGGUAGUAAGAUCAGGAAGAAGAACGAAAACCAGCUUGGACUUGCGUGCACAUCACCACACUUCCGGUACAUUUUCGUCUUUACGCCACCCCCCCCCCCCCCACUCUCGGUGGUUCGGUCCUGGCGUCUGGCGCGCGUGCACGACGCACGGUUGUGCUGAGUGUCGGUGAGGCAACAUCCCGCCUCCAGCUGUCAGCAUCCAUCAGACGGAAGUGCCAGGAAGUAAGUCCAAUUCUUCAUCAUCGCCAUCAUCACCGGUUGAUGCAUCGUCACGUGACAUGGAAUGAUCAGAUCCAUGGAUGGCAGCGACAUGCGGGUGCACGUGCGGACGGCUGAUCAGCUGACAAACAUGGCAUGACGUCAGCAUGUUUGCACUUCCUGUUGUCUCUCUCUCUCUCUCUCUCGACUGCAGUCCUCGCCGCCUUGCUCGACCGCCGCCCCCGCCCUGACGUCCGUGCAGUGGUCCCUCCACCCCAGCUGACCUCUGAGGAGCCACCCUGGCCCCACCCCUAACAUGUCUGGCUGAUGCUAGGCUAGGCUAACAUCAUACAAACAAAGCGCUGCCCGUCACAUGACCGCGUGCCCUGUGUCUUGUAGAAAGUGCCGAGUCAUGUCCGCCAACCUUGAGGAGAGCGACUGCGUGUUCGACCCCAUCCCCGAGACCGAGCUGCUGGACAACAGCAUCCAGAAGGGGCGGGCUCAGCUGUCCGUCAAGACGCGGCGACAGCGCCCCUCCCGCUCCCGUUACCGUGACAGCGUGAGCUCCACGGAGGGGGAGGACGGCGUGGACAGGAAGGAGCAGGACUCCGCCCACUCUCCGCUGCGCUUGACAAAGCGAGGCUCCUCCCCUUCUCCAGAUUCACUGCUGUCUGUGCGGAGCCCCGCCUUCUCAUUCGACACGUCACUGGUGGGCCAAUCACAGGUCACCGUGCUGGUGCGUGGACGGCGACGACCCUGCCCACUUCCUGUUUUGUCACAGGUGCGACGCUCCCCUGAAGACGGAGGGCUAUCAUUGGCUGCCACUCCGAGGAGGCGGUACCACCAACUGACUAAUGCCACGUCUCAAGAGGCUCUGGCGACGCCCACCAGCUCGCCAUCCAAGUCGUGCCCGUCCUCCUCCGACGUUUCGCCGGUUUACAGGAGGAGGAGCAGGAGACCCGACAGCGAAGUUCUAGUAUCCGACCCGAGUCGGGACUCGAGUCCGGCUGACCCUGGAAGUCCUCCAGUCUUGGACAAGAAGACCAAAAGACGCUUCCUGGAUUUGGGCGUCACCCUGAGGCGGUCCUACCUGCGAGUGAAGAAGGACAAAAGCGAGCGACUCUCAGCGGGCAGCAGGCAGACGUCGGAGAGUCCGUCUCGGGCCUCGGCAUCCUUCGUGUCCUUCUCCUGGUUCUCCGAGGGUCGGGGGUCUCUGUCCUCCUCCGGAACGCCCCCCUGCUCCCCCCAGAUGCCCCCGCCGGGGUCUGGCAGACCUCGCAGGUCCUCCUCACAGGAGUCGGCUCUCAGUGAGGAGUUUUCCCCGCCGCAGACGUCCCCCUCUGCCUGUCCCCACCUGGAGUUGUCCGCCUCCCUGUCCUCGCAUCCGUACCACACGCUGUCCCAGUCUUCUGACGAGCCCAGCGACGAGACGUCUUCUCAGGUGUCUUCUUGGACCACGCAGCAGGUGUGCGAGUGGCUGGGGGACGUCAGCAUGGACCGCUACGUCCCGGAGUUCAGAGCGGCGGACGUGGACGGACGCCAGCUGCUUCAGCUGGACGGCAGCAAGCUGAAGGGCCUGGGCGUGCUCAGUUCGUCCGACCGUGGCGCUCUCAAGCGCCGCGUCAAAGCCUUGCAGGCGGCGGCCGAAAAAGCGCGGAAGGCGCUGGACAAAAUGGAGAGACAGAAGGAGAAACAGCGCAGGAAGGAGCAGGAGCAGCGCAGGAGCUGAACACCGUCCAAAUAUGGUCAGAAGGCAAACUGGACACCAUUGUUAACCUUUGACCCCAUCCCAUGGGAGAACAUUUAUUGUCAUGUCGUCCACUUCAAAUAAAAGGCCCUUAUUGUGAAAGUACAGGAAGUGUCAA